AAAGAAUCAGAAUGCUUUAUUUAUUUACCGCAAGAUAUGAAUAUAUACAAGAGUACAAAGCAUAGAAAAGGAAAAUAUCACAAAAUAUUUACAAGAAUGGAAAACCCUAACUAUAGAAUUAUAACACCGGAAAUACUUUAUCUCCAUGGAUGUCACAUUCCUUGAGGAUAAACCCUUCUUCCCUAUUAGUCAUCUUCAAGGGGAGAGUACUAGUGAAGAGACUAACUGGUCAACAUCCUUAGUCCCUAUUGAUCUUCUUGAGUCCAUCUUGAGUUCCCAUGACACUGUUCUACCUAUUAAAUAGGUCCCUUGGCUAACAUACUACAGGAAGAAUCUCAAAAAGGAAAUUGUGUCCCCUACUUUUUCGUCGGCUCCGGUCCAUGAAUCUGAACCAAUACAAGCUCAAGGUACUACUGAGUGUGUCCCUAAUAAUAACAAUUUGUGUGUUGAGAAUGAUAUUAUGGAUGUAACUGAGAAUGACAGAAUAGAUGUGUUAGUUUUAGAAAAUAAUAGUUUUAGAAAAUAACAGGGUGGCAGAUAGUGAUGAAACUACAAUAGAAACACAAGAGAGUGAAAUUCUACCUCAGCUUGAAAUGUGUGAUCAGAAUUCCACUGCAGUUGGGAAAGCAGAUGAGAAAUCAGACAAACCUGAUGAUUAUGAUGCGUCUCUUGACAUGCCAAUUGCCUUGAGAAAGGGCACCAGGUCUUGCACCAAGUAUCCUAUGUAUAGCUUUUUAUCUCACAGUAAUUUGUCUUUUAAGUUCAGGGCUUUCACUGCCAGUCUUGACACAGCAACAAUACCAAAAAACAUACAUGUGACUAUUAUAGAAGAAAUGAGAGCUCUUGAAAAGAAUAAUACGUGGGAUCUUGUUACUCUCCCAAAAGGACAUAAAACAGUUGGGUGCAAGUGGGUGUUCACUCUGAAGUAUAAAUCUGAUGAUACUUUAGACAGGUACAAGGCCAGACUUGUAGCAAAAGAACUCAGACUUAUGGGGUAGACUAUUCAAAAACUCUCUCCUGUAGCGAAGUUAAACACGAUUCGGGUUCUUCUCUCUGUUGCAGUAAAUAAAGAAUGGUCUCUCCACCAACUUGAUGUGAAAAAUGCCUUUCUAAAUGGUGAUUUAGAAGAAGAGGUGUAUAUGAGCUCUCCUCCAGGUUUUGAAGAUUAGUUUGAUCAUCAGGUGUGUAAACUCAGGAAGUCUUUGUAUGGUCUGAAACAAUCCCCGAGAGCUUGGUUUGAAAGGUUUACUACCUUUGUUAAGUCUCAAGAGUUCACUCUGGGACACUCAGACCAUACAUUGUUCACAAAAAGGUUAGUGUCUGGGAAAAUUGCUGUCCUGAUCAUGUAUGUGGAUGAUAUUGUCUUGGUCAAGAUAUGAUAUUGAUGAGAUCACCAAACUGAAAAAAAAGAUGGCAGACAAGUUUGAAAUCAAAGACCUCAGGAAUCUAAAGUAUUUCCUUGGAAUGGAAAUGGCCAGAUCAAGGAAAGGAAUCUUUGUCUCACAAUAGAAGUACACUCUUGACUUGUUAAAGGAAAUAGGUAUGACUGGAUGUAAACCUGUUGACACUCCUAAAGAAUUCAAUGCUAAACUGGGAGAUUCUGUUAACAAAGUUCCCGUUGAUAAAGAAAGGUAUCAACGUCUAAUGGGAAAGUUAAUUUAUUUAUCACAUACUAAACCAGACAUUUCCUAUGCUGUCAGUGUUGUCAAUCAGUUUAUGCAAGCACCUUAUGAAGAAGAACAUAUGGAAGCUGUUAAUCGAAUUCUGAGAUAUUUGAAAAGCACUCCUGGUAAAGGUCUAAUGUUCAGAAAAACUGAUAGAAAAUAUAUUGAGGCCUAUACCGACUUUGACUGGGCAGGAUCAGUGAUUGACAGAAACUCUACCUCGGGGUAUUGUACUUUCGUGUGGGGUAACUUGGUUAUUUGGAGAAGUAAGAAGCAAAGUGUAGUUGCUAGAAGUAGUGCAGAGGCUGAAUACAGAGCUAUGAGUUUGGGAAUUUGUGAAGAAAUCUGGUUGAAGAAAGUACCAUCCAAUCUUCAUCAAAAUGGUGUCUUACCUAUGAAACUCUACUGUGAUAAUAAAGCUACUAUAAGCAUCACCAAUAAUCUAGUACAACAUGAUUGAACGAAACAUGUGGAGAUUGACAGAUACUUUAUAAAAGAUAAACUGGACAAUGGUGGUAUCUAUAUUUCAUAUAUUACAUCAAAUCAACAAGUUGCAGAUGUUCUCACUCAAGAGUUACUCAGGCAAAAUUUUGACUCUUGCACUAGCAAGUUGGGUCUGAUUGAUAUCUACGUCCCAACUUGAGGGGGAUGUUGGAAAUAAGGGACUUAAUUGACUGUGUAUAGUUCCGAGGUAUUAUAAUUAUUUGCUUUACCCUAUUUUUAUAGUCAAAGGUUUGGCCAACUUGACAAGAGAUGAAGUAGUAUUAUAUGAUCUAGUAUGAUGGCUAAGGAUUGAUCAUGAUUAAGCCAAUGUGCUGACUUCUGCCUGUUUCAAACUCCUUUAUUUAUUUAUUUUUAUUAUAUAUCUAUAUAUGUAGAUAUCUAUAUAUAUUUUUUAUUUACUUAUUUUUGUGUGCGCAAAAAUAUAUUUUUUUUACUCUGUUGCUUUUUUGCUUACUCUGUUGGCAUAGGCAUAUCUGUUGUCAUGCUAAUAGCCUGAUUUCUGUCAUUA